CUCCACCAAAAUCUGUUUAUGUUCAGAAGAAGCCACGGAGUGAAGGGCACUCAUUGAGUGAAGUCGCUCUACUCUUUUUGAUGAAUGUAGAAAAAAAAAAUCAAAGGACUUUCAAAAUACAUAUCUAGGCAUAGAGCACACGAUUACCACGCUCUUUUUGUUUUGUGUUUUUUACUUUACAUCGUUGGAAGACCGCUUACCUGCCUUUGUUAGCUGGAUUGGCUAGCUUACAUUAACCAAAGCUCGCUAGCUUGCUUGGUAGCUAGAUAUACGUUCGCUAGCUACGGAGCUGUUGGUUUUACGGCAGAUUGUUUAUACUGAGCUAACGGGCUAGCAAGCAUCUGCUGGCUGGCGCUAUACCAGCCAGUUUGUCGGAGGACUGUUCUUAUCUCUUUCGUUUUGGACAAGUCAGGAUCAACGUUACAGCAUUACUAGUGUGUGACGAGGCGGCGGGCAGCAGCACACAGCAGCAUGCGCGGGCGGAGCUGAGAGCGCUGCGGCAUCCUGACGUUCCUGUAGCAGGGAGGUACCGGCUCCGGUCUACCUCCAACACCUCCCUCCUCCUCCUCCUCCUCCCGCCCCUCCCCCCUCCACCUCUUCAGCCGGGCACAUGUUCUCGCCGGAGCAGGAAAAUAUCUCCACCGCCUCCACCAAAGUGCCAGUCAAGUACGGAGAGCUCAUCGUGCUGGGGUACAAUGGCUCUUUGCCCAAUGGAGACAGAGGGAGGAGGAAGAGUCGAUUUGCUCUCUUCAAGAGACCCAAAGCCAACGGGGUGAAGCCCAGCACAGUGCACGUAGCAUGCACCCCUCAGGCAGCCAAGGCCAUAAGCAACAAGGACCAGCACAGCAUCUCCUACACACUGUCCCGAGCUCAGACGGUGGUGGUGGAGUACACCCAUGACAGCAAUACAGACAUGUUCCAGAUCGGGCGCUCCACGGAGAGCCCCAUAGACUUCGUGGUGACGGACACAGUGCCCGGUAGCCAGAGCAAUGCUGACACGCAGUCGGUCCAGAGCACCAUCUCGCGCUUCGCCUGCCGCAUCAUGUGCCAGCGCACCCCACCCUACACCGCACGCAUCUUCGCCGCCGGCUUCGACUCCUCCAAAAACAUCUUCCUGGGGGAGAAAGCAGCCAAGUGGAAGACGUCGGACGGUCAGAUGGACGGCCUGACUACUAAUGGGGUGCUGGUGAUGCACCCGCGGAAUGGCUUCAUGGAGGACUCCAAGCCCGGCGUCUGGAGGGAGAUCUCCGUCUGCGGGAACGUUUUCACCCUCCGAGAAACCCGUUCGGCUCAGCAGCGCGGCAAGAUGGUGGAUAAUGAGACCCAGGAGCUGGUGGAUGGCUCGCUGAUUGACCUCUGCGGCGCCACGUUGCUAUGGCGCACGGCCGAGGGCCUGUCGCGCACGCCCACCGUCAAGCACCUGGAGGCGCUGCGGCAGGAGCUGAACGCGGCGCGGCCGCAGUGCCCCGUGGGCUUCAACACGCUGGCCUUCCCCAGCAUGCGCCGCAAGGACGUGGUGGACGAAAAGCAGCCCUGGGUCUACCUGCACUGCGGCCACGUGCAUGGCUACCACAACUGGGGAAACCAUGGGAGGAGGAGGAGGAGGAGGGGUCUGGAAGGGCGGGAGCGUGAGUGCCCCAUGUGCCGUGCGCGGGGCCCCUACGUGCCGCUGUGGCUGGGCUGCGAGCCGGGCUUCUACCUGGACGCGGCGCCGCCCACGCACGCCUUCGCGCCUUGCGGCCACGUGUGCUCGGAGAAGACGGUGGCCUUCUGGAGCCAGAUCCCGCUGCCCCACGGCACGCACACCUUCCACGCCGCCUGCCCCUUCUGCGCCCAGCAGCUGUGCGGCGAGCAGGGCUACAUCAGACUCAUAUUCCAGGGCCCAGUGGAUUAGUGCCCCGUCGCUCCAACUUCCAUUUAAUCUCUCUCUCUCUCACACUAUGCAUUUUUCUCCCUUCUCUUGCUCUGUUUCUCAUCUGAUCUUCCCUCCCUCUUUCAAGGGAUCCCUGGUUAAACUAUGCUUAUAAUUACGUGUACAGUAUAAGCUAGUGACCUUUUUUUAUUUUGUAUUUUAAAAAACUACUACUGCUCGUCCAUCGUUGCGACGCGGCAGGCGUUUUUUGGUCGGUGGGUGAGAUUAAGCAAGACUCAGUCCGACUUUGGUCGGACUCUCUCUCUCUCCUUUUGAAAAAUAAUUUGCUUUCUCGUUUUUAAGUGACCUUUCUAGUGCUUUUUCUUAUCCAGAAUGAAAAACAAAGAGUAUAUUUUCAACUAAAUACACACAGAAAAUGACAAAAAAAUAACCUUAUAAAAAAACAUGAUGUCCCGUCCAGCAACCGAUGCCUUGCUGGAUUGAUUUGUAAACAGUGUUCAUUUACUAACAGGCCGCAAGGGGCUGUUUUGAUCUUAAGUGAUUGGAUAUCUGUAUCGUCUAUGACUCUUGUGUGUUUAGCAGACUCUCUCUCUCUCUCACACACACACACACACAGAACACUCUACUUGUAGCUCCUUUUGUAGAAAGCUGAUGUUUUUUCCUCAUUUACUGAAUAUGCCUAAAAAUGAAAUACUUGGUAACGUUUUUAUUUAAAAUAGCUGUAUAAAUGUUUAUCAGAUAUAAUCAGUUAUUAGCGUGUCUUGGGGAGUUUUAGUUCCAUGUUCCUCUUUUAUGGUUUCAUUUCUCCUUAAUGUUUUUUUUUUUGUUUGUUUUCUUUAUUUUGGCCUUUUUGUUGAAUUCCUGUUUUGGGUCUUAUCAGAGUAUAUAUUUUCAACAUUCUCUUGUAGCUGAUGAAUACUUAUCAAAAUUUAUUUGUUUGUUUUUCUCUGUCGAGUUCAGUAGUGUGUGUCUCUCUCUCUCUCUCUGGCAUUUGUAACACGUGUGUGUUUGCGUGUACUAAAAUACUGUAUCUGAUGCAUUACCAUGGCAUUUCUUUCCCAUACUAAAGCAAGCAAUAGAAUCAGGGUUUCACACGGACGUCAGACUGUGGGGGGAUUUGUAGCCCACAGUUAGUCCCUCAAAAGCCCCAGAAGCCUUCUGUUCAGUCUGCUUUCCCUUUAAGCACAGACCGAAACAUUCAGCCCUGUCUUUACUCAUUGUGUCCCAAAUGGGGUGUGUGUGUGUGUGUGUGUGUGUAUGUAUGUAUUUAUGUGUGUGUGUGUGUGUGUGUGUGCGCGUGCGCGCGUGCGCGUGUGUGUAUCUGUCUGUGUGUGUAUGUGUUAUGUGGCCUUAAAUUCUGGCCACUCUCAGGCCCUGACUUCCAGGUUUCUCACCCCAACACCGUUACACUCCUGCUGGGGUGACCAGUGAGGAAUUGUGACCUCUCUCUCUCUCGUCAGAAUUCCACCUCUCCCUUAAAGAGAUUCUCAGCUCUUCACCAUUGUAAAAGCAGGAACUUUGUUUUCCACUCUGCUGUGGUUAUUACUUAGAUGGCUACAACUCAAAGCAUGAUAAAUGCUUUCACAAUAGACCUGCAAGUGAAUGGCCCUUUCCCCCUGGUCAUAUGCUCAAGAUUGCAUAGAGAAAUGGUUGGGUCAACUGUCCUGAUCACAAGACCUGACGUGUUGCCUGAACUGAUGACUUGUUCCUAGUGUCUGUUGGCGAUGCUUGCGAAACAUGUCAUUUGGAGGAAAUUAAAUGGGCCUUAAUGCUAAUCUGCAUUAAAACUCAAAGACCCUUUUUAAAAGAUGAAACCUAAAUAUUUGCUCCUGAAUGUAGUCUGAGUGAUUGAGCUUGUGCACACGAGUGUGUUUGUGGACUUACACCCUGUACACAUGGAAAUGUAGUGAGUCUUAUGACUCUCUGUGUUUUUCGCACAUAGUGUGUGUGCACGUGAUGUCUAUUCAUGUGUGAAGUAGACAAAUGGGUGUUCUUUGCACAAAUACACUCUGUGCUGAAAGUAUGUGUGUGAAGUGAUCAACACGCCGAACUUUAAUGUAGACAACGUAUUGCGUGUCUGUGUGGAACGCCUGUACAGACACACACCAUACAAGUGUUUGUAUGUGUGUAUAUGCCUGCCACCUUUCUGUGGACCAACGUGUGUGCGUGUGCGUGUUGACUAUAUGGGGUUGGUCCCAGAAGGAGGGUUUGGCCGCUGUACUGAAUGUGAGGCAGAAACUCCAGCGCAGCAUCCCCCCCAGCUCAGGGAGGAGCCCUCACCAGCCUGUGCUAAACCCCCCAAACCCCAACCCCACCCCACCCCCCACACACCCACACACACACAGAGCUGUCUUUGUCAAGGCCAUCUGAGGAGGUGGCGCAACUCAAAUUAAAGUAAAUGCCACACCCCCCACCACAUCACCAUGUUCAUGUUGUGUCUCACUGUGCUCUCUUUCUUGGUUCUUUGAUCCAGUAUUAAACGUGUUCAAGCUGACCUGUUCAAAGCACCGCGUGUUUCUCUUGGAAGAAACCUGUGCGCCAAGGGCUUUAUUUUCUAUGUCCUCCUGACUGUUGUGUUUGUCCCUCUGUCUUCUAAAGGCUGGCCUGAAUGCAUGAACCUCACCCCUCCGCCCCCUUUUACAGCAGCACAGUGUUUUUCUGUACCCCCACCCCACCCCACCCAUGUCCUCUCCCCCACCUCCCGAAGCCUGCCUGACCUUCGCUCUGGAAUUUUCCAAUGCUUCACAGCAAAAAAAAGCUGAGAAUGUUUUUGAUUUUACCUGUUCUUUUUGUACCAACUUUAAACAAUAAAGUUUUUAAAAGGA